AUGAACGUCUUUGAAGGAAUCGAAAAGAGAAUUAUAAUCAAGCUGAGGAAGGAAUGUUUUGAAAAGAAGAAAAUUUCCUCCCUGUUAGACAUCUCCAGAGAAUUAUGGGAGGAAAAGCUAAAGCAUAUCGGAUGCAGCAUCGUUUCAGAAAUAGAAGAAGAUGCCAACGCACCAAUAGAAGAAAGGUGCAGAGUUUAUCUGCUCUCAGAAAGUUCUCUGUUUAUCUACAAAGAUAUGGUGUUCAUAAAAACAUGUGGAAAAACCAAGGUAUUGUUUUUCAUUCCUUUUCUGGUGGAUAUAUUAAUGCUCAAAUUAAUGAAUCAAUAUGCUUUGAAGACAGAUGGAAUGUACGACGAAAAUUUUCUUUCCAAAAAUGACCUGAACAACGUUGUAGAAUUCAUUGGGGAGAACUUCGAAUACGCAUUCUUCACACAUAUGAAUUACCAGAACAAGACGAAGGAUGGUUACUACGAACAGGAGUAUCCACACAAGUCUGUUGAGGAUGAGAAAAUAUUCUUCCAGUUUUUCUUCAAGAAUUUUCAAUUUGCCAACACACCCCUACCGCAUGGGAGAAAUCACUACAUCUUCUUUGCGCAGGUCAGUGAUGUGAUGAGCGGUGCAGCUAAUGGAUCCGCGAACGGGGCGGUCCCUUUCUCCCCUAGCACUCACAAGUUCUGCUCCGAAAUGCAUCUAUUUGGAAUUAACAAGUACAAUGAGAGGGCCAAGUUUCACGAACUGUACUUGAACGAAGACUCCCUAAGCAUAUUUCAACCGAAGGGAGAGACACAGAAGGUUUACGAAGAGAAUGAAAAAACGGAAAUAUGCUGUAGCGAGAAUUCAUAUGAUUACGCUGAGUGCUCCUCAAAAAGCACUACGAAUACUAGUGCCCACGUCAAGGGCACCAUGACUCCAUUUCCAAAUGCAGAGGAUAUGGGCUACUACGGUCAUUCCCGCAAAGAAGCGUUUCCCAACUUCCACUCGAAAAUUAUCGACAUGAGUGAUAAGAACUUGAAUGAAGGGCUCAAUGAUGACACCAUAUCCUACAGGAAUGAAGAAUCCCCACAUGGAGGUAGCUCGAGAAUUGCCUGCGCCAGCGAAGGUGCGAAUCUACACAUUCUGUCUUCCACAUUGAGCGAGAACAAAUUCAUGCAAAAGCAAGUCGCACAGGAAAGUUCAGUCGCAAACAUGCAAGGCGAAUUACAUACUUUGGAUGGAAGAACACAAAGAGAUGUUAAAGUUGAACAAAAGGGAGAGAACGACAGCGGCAACAACCCAUAUCUAAAGGAAUAUUACAUGCCAAAUGAAUCCAUUGUGAAGGAUAAAGAAGUAGGAAGAAGAGACGGAAACGGAGGCUUUGUUUUCACCACAUCAUCACAGUGUAGCUCCAAUGGCAGUAAUGUAAUUCACUUAAAGAACGCCUGCUCCAGUUUGAACAGUUUCAGUGUCUUGGAUAACUGCAUUAGGGUUGGAGGAACAGAAUUAUCCUCCGUUGUGUCUUCACCUAGAAGUACCCAACAUAUGAAACCGAUGGAGAACCCCAAAUCACAGGUCUGCGUAAAAGAAAUAGAUACGAAUUUGUACGAAUGUUCCAGUGUACAAGGUAAUAAGGAGAAAUUCCUUUAUAACGAAUUCUACUUCACGCCAUGUGGCUAUUCGUGCAACGUGUCACAGAAGAACAAUUAUUUUUGUGUUCACUACUCGCCGGAGGAUUUGGUGUCGUACGUCUCGGUAGAACUUGCAAGUGACUUGCGAAACGACAGCUUUAUCAAGUUUAUGGCGAAUCAGCUGAGUUUUUACGGAGCAAAGGUUUUUUACCUCGUGAAUUAUCAUUACAAUGUUGAAGGAAAUGGCAAUGGAAAUCAUCCGGGAGGAAUGUUCUCCAAGUCAGAGGCAACACUUCUGCAGAGAAAUCUCUCUAACAACAUUGUAUUGAACAACGAGCAAUAUUAUGCUAUCCUCUGCAUGAAGGAACUUACCGUGGGUUUCCUCAAAAUGCAAUAUUUCGUGUACGAGUUGAAAAGUGUGAAGGAUGUUAAAGGAAUCAAUCUUCAUCUGCCGAUUGGAAAGAAGGAAAGUGAAAACAAUUUUGCUGUGACGCCUCUACCGAACCAUGUAGUGAAUGAUAUGUACACGUAUAGCUACCUAUUCUGCAAGCAAAACCAAGUGAUGGUGGUUGAUAUGGGUACAGAAUUGGAGAAUAGCAAUGGAGGAGUGGAACCGAGCACCCCCUACAGAAACAGUGACACCAGCUCCUGUAGAAACUUGUCAGAAGAUUCUCUAAUUUUGAAUCAAGGGGGCACAACCAAGUAUGGCGACCAAUUGAAGGAAAUGAAAAUUCCACUUAUCUCCACAGGCGUUUUGGAAAGUACGUCAAGCAAUGCAGACGGUGGAAAGGAGAGCACAUCCCCUACCAACAGAAUAGAAACAACUCAAACGAAUGAAGAAGAAUGUCCAGAGAAGAAACACCAAGAUGAUAUGAUAAACUACUAUCGAAAAAACAAAAUCGAAAUGUUCACGUUGAAUAGAAUUCUAAAUGAUGAUAUAGAUACAUCAGUUGUAUGUAUAAAUUUAGAAAAAAUUUUGGUCCAGUACAUCCGUUUUAAAAAGAAUCUACCAAGUGUAACUCCUUUCUAUUCUGUUAAAAGUAAUAAUGAUGACAUAGUGCUUAAAUUCUUAUAUGGGUUGAACUGCAAUUUUGACUGUGCCUCUGUUGGAGAAGUUAAGAAAUUGACUACGUUACUUCCGGAUAUCGCCAGAGAAAGAAUAAUUUUUGCCAACACCAUAAAAAGUAUCAACUCCCUGAUCUAUGCAAAGAAUGAAAAUAUAAACCUCUGUACCUUUGAUAACAUAGAAGAAUUGAAGAAGAUUCGCAAAUAUCAUCCGAAAUGUUCUCUCCUACUGCGUAUCAAUGUGGAUUUCAAGAAUUACAAAUCCUAUAUGUCUUCGAAAUACGGAGCGAAUGAACACGAGUGGGAAAAUAUACUUGCCUUUGGAAAGGAGCAUAACUUAAAUAUCAUCGGGGUUUCCUUUCACGUUGGUAGCAACACCAAGAACCUCUUCGACUACUGUCAAGCCAUUAAAUUGUCCAGGGACGUUUUUAACAUUAGCAAAAAAAUGGGAUACAAUUUUGAAAUUCUAAACCUAGGGGGGGGAUAUCCAGAAGAAUUAGAAUACGACAGUGCGAAAAAAAAUGAAGAAAAAAAAUAUUGCACGUUGAAUGAAGCCGAAUUAAAGAAAGAUAUACAGAGCUUCCUUAAUGAAAAGUGCGUGAUGAAAACCAAGUAUAACUUUUACAACUUUGAGAAAAUAGCACUUGCCAUUAAUAUGUCAAUUGAACACUAUUUUAAAGAUAUAAAGUCGACGCUGCGAAUUAUUUGUGAACCUGGAAGAUAUAUGGUUGCUUCAUCUAGCACUCUGGCUGUUAAGGUUAUUGGAAAAAGGCACCCCACGUUCCAGGGGAUUAGGCUCAGAGACAUGAAGGGCUUGGAUCCGCUUCAUUUUGCCAAGAGGGGCGCGCAAUCCACGGGGGGGGAUAGCGCAAAAGCAAACGUCGACGAAACCAACAUGGGUGAAGGGGUUACCACUGGGGGGUAUGACAACCAUGUGAACAGCAACCAAGGGGGAAAGACCGACCAAAAGGAGGGGGCAAACGGAGUUGUCACCCAAAUGGAGAAGAAGGAAAAUGCUGAAAAUGCAAAUAACGCGGAAGAUCUACUGCAUCUGAGCCACAGCAACCUGAGCGAAAACCUAAAGUGCAGCAGCAAUUCCAAAUUAGGAAAUAUAACAAACAUAAAGAAAAAGGUGGUGAGCAUUAAUGACAACCGAUACAACUACUACUCCUACUACGUGAGCGACAGUAUAUACGGAUGCUUCAGUGGAAUCAUAUUUGAUGAGUACAAUAGAUCUCCAGUAUUUGUAAUUCGAAACCAAGGAGAUAACAGUACGACAUCUGAAGAAUUGGCAACUUCACCUCUAUAUUUGGCAAAUAUCUUUGGACAAUCUUGUGAUGGAUUAGACAUGAUCACGUCAAUUACGUACCUACCAGAAUGCUACAUUAAUGAUUGGAUCAUUUAUGAAUAUGCUGGAGCGUACACGUUUGUUAGCUCGUCCAAUUUUAAUGGUUUUAGAUCAUGCCAAAAGGUGUACAUUUUCCCCCAAAACUCCUUUUCCUUUCUCAAGUGA